AUGUCCACGCGUCACGUGGCAGAAGAUUGUCUGAACUUGUUCUGUGAGAAGUCCAUUAACAGAGCUAAGGGCCAUACGCCCAAAUCAAUCCUCACGCUCGCGAAGUUCUUUAUGAAACUCGGUGAUUACAGAGUUGCCAGUGAAGUGCUAUGGGGUUGCGCUUCACUCACAAUUCAAAUGGCCAUUGGAAACAGUUUCUACUGUUUCGAAACAUGCCAUUCUGCUUACUACACAGACGGAAAUAACGCGUCGGAUGUCAAUGUGGCGUUGGUGAAAGCGCAAGACUUCAUCAAACAGCUGAAGGUUUAUCAACUGACUGAUGAAAAGAGAAUAGAACUGGAGUCCACUAACUUUGACUACUAG